UUCACCUGAGCGCUCAGCGCAGGUGUCAUAGUGUCAUGAUCAUGCGAAUUGUCAAGUGAUAGUAGCGUGUAGUGUAAGGUUUCGUGUUGCGGAUUACUUAUUUCCAUGGGCUUUCUGCGCUCAGGGUGUUAAUUACCAGUGACAUACAUUUUAUUCCAACAAUCGUCGUCGCAACUGCGGUUGACUUAAUCGCCUUUCUUCCCUCGGCCUUUACUUAUUCCGGUGUAACAGGAAAUAUGAUAAUUGCCCGUAUAGCUGAUUAGCUGCUGGUGUUGAUAAUAACAUGCCGCUAAUAUAUGAUAAGUCUGAGCUGUCUACGUCCGUACACAAGUUGGAAUUAGUAACAGCGACACGAUCUCUCGCGAGUUUGCGAUCGGUAUUCGAUGGUGAAGCAGUGCAUAAGGUGACAGAUGGUUCGUAAAGUAACCUGAAGCGUUUAUUUCUCUUUUAAACGUUUAUCUGUUUCAUCUUAUCUUUCGUUGUUUACGUACGGAGCGUAUAAAUAAUAAGUUUAAAAUGUUUAAAAUCCUCUACCUGGGACUGUACUUAUUACUGUGUGGAAAUUGCAUUGGAGAUUAUCCAGACGGAGAUCCGAAAUGGCAACUGCCUUGUUCCAGCUUAUAUCCAAGAGUUUUUACAAGCUAUACGCCUCGUGGAAAUCUUUCUAGUGGAACAUAUACCACUCAGCCACAGUUAAAUGGGAUGUAUCACUGUGUGGCUGCGUGCUGCAUGAAGCCUACGUGCAAUGUGGCACUCAUGCACAAUGGUACCUGUUACCAUGUGCAAUGUGAAAGUUCCAAAAUAUGUUUACCUUUAUAUAGAAAAGAUUUAGCAAAUGAAAAUCCCCCAAGCAUGGUCCUAGUUAAACCUGUAGAAGAGGAUGAGAUAUGGAAUGAUUUAUUGGAUCAGAUAAACGAUGACACUGGAGGUUUUCUAAUGGAUGGUACUGAAGGAGAUCACAAUCUUUUUGGUGGUUUAAAUGAAAUAAGCUGUUUCACUCAAGCAAAUUGUUUAGAACAUGAAGUGUGUCUUAAGCCUGGUGACAAACCUGAUGUUGGUGUCUGUCAAUGUUCUAUUGGAUAUAAACGCAAUAUUGCUGGACUUUGUACAUUGGAAGAAGAUCUAGAACUUGGUGUAACACCACAAAUGAAAGCACAGAAUAUAAAAGACACGGGUACAUCUGUGAAACCUCCAGUAAAGAGACUAUUAGUCUCUGCAGUUUCAAAGGAAGUACGUUUACCGGAAAACGAAGUGACACUGUCCGCCUAUACUGUGCCAGCAGAACAGGAAAAUGAACAUUACAAUUAUGCCUGGAGCCUUUUGAGCCAACCGGACGGUCAUUCUGGCAUAAUGACUGAUCAAAAUCGUAUGACCGUCAAAUUAAGUAAUUUGUCUGAAGGUUUAUAUACGUUCAAAGUUACGGUGAACGGUUCGAACGCGUACGGCGAAGCCUAUGCAAACGUCAGUGUUUUACCACCUAAAAGAAUUAAUCAACCUCCGAUCGCUAUUAUUUCGCCCGCCUCGCAAGUUGUAAAACUACCGAACACGGGAGCGGUAUUAGACGGUUCAUCAAGCAAGGAUGAUGAUCGCGUUAUAUCUUAUCAUUGGGAAUUGCAACGAGGUCCCAUUGGAUACCAUCCUAAUCUAGUCGACACACCAACGCUCCAGUUGGAUAAGCUUAUACCUGGCAAUUAUACUUUUAAGCUGACUGUUGAAGAUUCUAAUCAUAUCACCAACUCAACGAGCGCUAACAUAACGGUUUUAAAAGUAAUCGAUUAUCCACCUAGCGCAAACGCCGGCCAGGACAUCAUUAUAUAUUUGCCGCAAAAUACGUUAACACUUAACGGGAAUUUGAGUACGGACGAUCACGGUAUAGCAAGUUGGGAAUGGACGAAGAGUCCCUCGGAUCAGAACAAAGCUGUGGAUAUGCAAAACACCAGAACACCGUAUUUACAGCUAUCUAACUUGGAGGAGGGAAUGUAUACGUUUGUGUUGAAAGUAACAGAUAAUUCAGAGCAGUCAUCUACCGCGGAAGUUCACGUGUUUGUAAAACCACCAACGAAUAAACCACCGACAGCCGAUGCUGGGGAAAAUAUAACAAUAGCAUUACCCGAAACUAAAACCGUGCUCGAUGGUCGGAAAAGUAAAGACGAUAUAAAGAUUGUUUCUUACCACUGGGAACAAAUGAGCGGGCCUAACACUGCCGAAUUCUCAGCAGUGAAUGAGUCACUUACGAAUGUAACAAAAUUAACAAAGGGCGAUUACGAAUUUAAGUUAACCGUAAUUGACGAUAAUGGGAAUAAAGAUUCGGAUACCGUCAACGUGAAAGUUACGCAAAAUAAGAAUGCACCUCCGAAAGCAAACGCGGGUGGUGAUCAAGUCGUCGUAGCACCCAUUAGUGCGCUAAUUAUUAAUGGAUCUAAAUCAACCGAUGAUCUAAGAAUUAGCCAAUGGGCAUGGUCAAGGGAUUCUUCUAGUCUUGCUAUAGGCACUAUAAUUCAAAAUUCUGACAAAUCGCCGGUUUUAAUGUUAACAGAUAUCGUGCCAGGUAGAUAUGUUUUUAGACUAAAAGUCGUGGACGAUCAAGGUCUUAGUAAUGAGGACACGGUAUCUGUGAUAGUAAAGCCUGAUCCACAAUUAUUGUAUUUGGUUGAACUGACAUUGAACAUCGGAGGAAAUAUGUUAACAGUAUCGCAAAAAGAUUCAUUGGUACUAAAAUUACAAAUGUUGCUGCGAGACGAAGCAUCUAUCGUCGUUCGAAAUUUAAGAGAGGAACCCCAUACUGGUCGAGCUGUUUUAAUAUUUUACGUCGAAAAAAAGGGUGGCAAAGCUCCCAUGCGUGGACCAGAAGUGGUGAAACGAUUAAAAGAAAAAUUAAGACAAGAUUCUGGGCUUCUUCAAUUGUCUGUAGCAAAUAUCGAUACUGCCGUAUGUCAAAACAAUUGUUCGGGCCACGGAGUAUGUGACCAAGAAACAAGAUUAUGCAUGUGCGAAGCUUUUUGGAUGCAAAAUUUGAUACAGAAAUAUUUUGGCAAUGGUGACUCUAAUUGCGAUUGGAGCAUUCUCUAUGUGAUAAUAGCAUUAUUAUCUUUAGUCGUAUGUUGGGUUGGUCUUAUUUGGGGCCUUAUUUGUCUAUGCCAAAGAAUAUGCACGGGUAAAAGACAUUCGCUCCGCGCAAAGAAGAAGCCACCACGCUACUCUCUUCUCCAACCGGAACCCGGGGAUGAGAGCAGUUCAUUUUCGGCACACAAAAUGGUACUAUCUGAGUCUGAUACAGAUUCCGAUGAUGUCCUGUUCGAGCAUCGUAAAACAAAAAAUAGCAGCCAAGUGAGAAACGGCAAAUCUCGGAAUGGAUUUAUCAAAGUGGGUUCUAGAGUGAAGACAUGAGGAGCCCGUAGGAAGAUCUCGUUGAACGACGCACAUUCGUGUACGUUUGAUCAAAGAAGAACGUAAAAUACUAGUCAGUUACAGGGCUGUCAUUUUAAGUAUGUACCUAACAAGAACAACAAAUAUGAUUUGUCGUACAGAAGUUGCCAUUUGUAAAGAAAUUUAAUGAAACUAUCAUAGAUGAGUGUGUACUAUUAAGUAGAGGCUAGAGAAACAACACAACAAAGUACGUACGUUUAUUUCAUCGCAUUACGUUUAAUUUCAUCGGAAUAGUACAUACAUCUAUCUGUAUUAAGUACUUGUAUUCGAAAUUUUUAUUAUGCAACUGUAGACGCACCGCUGUUUAUACAUGAGCGGUAUAAUAAGCACAAUGAUCAAACACAGUUUGAUUACGGCCUUAGAAAGUAUUGGAAUUAGUAUUUAUAUCAAAAUAAUAAUCAUUCCUUGUGCGCAUUCUUUGUACAUGUAAUGUUUACUCCGUAAUGUGUAUAAUCAUCAAUCUUAUUUUUACACCGUACAUGGAUAAAUAAUAAAAUUUAUUAUCCAUAUAA